AUGAGACGGCCCGGCGUCUCUUUCGCGGCGGCAACGUCAGGGGCGCCCUCCGCCGUCCCGGCUGCUCCUGCUCCUGCCGUGUCCGAUGCCGUGCCGAUACCUGAGGCUCCUGCGCCUCCACCACAGCUGCUAGUGGCGGACCCGGGUACUGCCUCUCCCGGGACGUCGGCCGGACCGCGCCCCGCCAAUCGCCUCUGCGGGGGUCAGCGCCCCGUGGGUACCCAGCCCUCAGCACCGUCAGUCGAGCAGCCCCAGGUGGACUCUCCAAGCGAGUCAGCCAAGCCUCCCCUUCCAGCGAUGGGGCCGCGCCGGCUGCCUCCACCGCUGACCUGGCCAACCUCGUCGCUCAGCUCACUGUCUUGGUGA